GAACUGCCUCCAAAAGUGAAAAACAUCUUGCUUCUGGAUUCUGAGGGGAAACGUGUAGCGGCUAAGUAUUACACAGAUGACUGGCCAACAAAUACAGCAAAACAAGCUUUCGAAAGAACUGUCUUCACAAAGACUCAAAAAACAAAUGCUCGAACCGAAGUGGAAGUGAUAGCACUGGAGAACAACAUUAUCGUUUACAAAUUCGUGCAAGAUCUUCAUUUCUUUGUUACUGGAGGUGAAGAAGAAAACGAGCUUAUCUUAGCUAGUGUGCUUGAAGGACUCUUUGAUGCAGUGAACCUCCUCCUUAGAGGCAAUGUUGAUAAGAGAGAGGCUUUGGACAAUCUUGACCUCAUCUUUCUAUGCUUUGACGAAAUUAUAGAUGGCGGUAUUGUUCUGGAGACGGAUGCAAAUGUGAUUGCUGCAAAAGCAGGGAUCAAUAGCGCUGACCCUAACGCUCCUCUAUCUGAGCAGACGAUAAGUCAGGCAUUCGCGACUGCAAGAGAGCAUUUUGCAAGGUCACUUCUGAAAUGA